AUGGAUAGUAUAAUAUAUUAUAUGAAUGAAUUUUUGUCUUAUAAAUACCAAAGAGAUUUUGAUGUCAUAAAAGAACACAUGACCGAAUUACUUGAUGGAAACCCUUCUCUCGUAACAAAAUUAUAUGAGUUUAUUUUAUUAAUAUCUAUACAAGGAGAAUCACAAGAAAUUGUUGCUCGUUUUAUGCAACUAUCUGAUGUAUCACAAACAAUUAUACAAAAAGUUAUACAAUUCUAUGCUGAUGAUGACGAGAGUAGCGCCUUUUCUGGCGCUUUAUCAAAGAAUUGGGGUUCAGGUGUACAUACACCCCAAGAGGAGGAAGGAGAGACAGGAGGAGGACCGCUAGCUCAGCGUCUACAGGCACAGCUAGCUGCAGCAAAAGAGCAGCUAGCUGCAGCAAAAGAGCAGCUAGCUGCUAGCGAGACACAAAGAGAAACCCUACAAGAUAAAUUAAAAAUUAUUCAACAAGAAAGAGACAAAGAAAAAGAUAAAAGAAUUACAUUAGAAAUACAAUUAGAAAGAAAAAAAGAUAAUCUUGUUAACGAAUUUACGAGACAAACGGAUGAGUUGGAGAAGACAAUUGCCCGACUGAAGACUGAGCUAGAGACAGAAAAGAAGGAAAGGAAGAAGCAGGAGGAUAAAUUAAAGCAGCGAAUAAGCGAGUUACAAGAUGAAUUAGAGGUAGUAAGAGCAGAAGCAAGAAGAGGAAAAGCAUUAGAGGGACAAAUAGAUAAUUAUAAAUUAAAAAUAAAAGAAAUACCUGAAUUAAAAGAUACUAUUAAUAGACUGCAGCAACAACAUAAGGCAGACUUAGAGAAACUUGUUGAUGCUUCUUCUGAUUCUGGUGAAUCAGCAGCAUUGAAGAAAUCUGUUGAAUUAUACAAAGAGAAAGCUGCUGAAUUGGAGGAGAAGUUGCUGGAGGCAAAGAACACCAACGAAUUGUUAACAACACAAAAAGAAGAAAUAGAAGCAAAACUACAAGCAGCAGAAAAAAAGACGGAGGUGAGCCAAUUGGCGUUAGCAGAAAAAGAUGCGGAGAUCGAUGCAAAAACUUUUGAGGUUGAAGCCCUUCAACAAGAAUUAGAAAAGGCUAAGAAGAAUGUUGGUGUAUCUGCUGCUGCAUCAUUGCCUAAGGCAGCAGAAGGAGAUAAAGAAGCAUUAGUUGCUAAAAUAGCUACUCUGCAGCUGCUGCAGAAGCAGCAAGAGAAGACAGGAGAUAAUGAGCAGCAGCAGCAGCAGCAGCAGCAACAAAUUCAACAACUUAUUAAACAUAAUGCUGAAUUAGAAGCUAAUGUUAAAGAUCUUACAGAGAGUAAGGAUCAAUUAACUCGUCAAUUGAUGCAACUCGUCUCCAAGAAUGAAUCAACACCAGACUCUGCACAGGACCUCAAGGUCCGUUUAGCAGCAGCAGAAGCGCAAGCAGCAGCACUAAAAGAGCAGCAGCAGCUACAAAUAGAUUUAGCAAAAGUACAAAUAGCCAGACAAAACGAAGAAAUAUUAAAUAAAUUAAAAGAACAACUGCAGAUAAGAGAAAGAGAGGCAGAAUACUACAAAAAAGCAAUUGAGUCUGGUGCUGAGCAAUCAAGAAGAGAGCAAAGAUUGAUGGCAUCAAUUGUUUAUGAAUUAGGAAUUAAACAUCAUCGUCUUAGAUGCUACUGCAUGCAAAUUAAGCAGGAGCAUCAAGCCCUUAUUCUUAGACUGCAAGCAGGAGAAGCAGAUUUAGAAAGAGAGACAAUCAACAACAGAGGAGACAGCAGCAAUGAAGGAGACAGCAGCAACGAGAGGGACAGCAGCAGCAGUAGCAGCAGAGGAGGAGGAGGAGGAGACAAGAUAGAUAGCAGCAGCAGAAAGAACAGCAGCAGCAACAUGGAUAGCAGAAGCAGAAAAAACAGCAGCAGCAACAUGGACAGCAGCAGCAGAAAAAACAGCAGCAGCAAGAUGGAUAGCAGCAGCAGAGGAAAUAGCAGCAGCAAGAUAGACAACAGCAGCAGAGCAAACAGCAGCAGCAAGAUAGACAGCAGCAGCAGGACAAACAGCAGCAGCAACAUGGAUAGCAGCAGCAGAACAAACAGCAGCAAGAUAGGGAGCAGCAACAAAAUAGACAACAGCAACAAAGGGGACAGCAGCAACAAAGGGGACAGCAGCAGCACAAGAGACAGCAGCAGCACAGGGGAUAGCAGCAACAAAGGAGACAGCAGCAGCAACAAAUUAGACAGCAGCAGCAGGAGGGCCAGCAGCAACAAAAUAGACAACAGCAGCAAAGGAGACAGCAGCAGCAAAGGGGACAGCAGCAGCAGCACAGGAGCUAGUAGCAGCAAAGGAAAGAGCAGCAGCAAAGGAGACAGCAGCAGCAACGCUGAGAGUAGCAGCAGCGGAGACAGCAGCAGCAGCGGAGACAGCAGCAGCAGCGGAGGCAGCAGCAGCAGCGGAGACAGCAGCAGCAGUGGAGGCAGCAGCGGGAAGGAAGACAGUAGCGGCAAGGAAAAUAGCAGCAGCAAAGGAGACAGCAGCAGCAGCAAAGGGGACAGUAGCAAGCAGCAGCAAGCAGCUGCAAAGAAGGCACAGGCUGCAACAAAGAACCCAAACCCUAAACCCUAA